AUGGAUGAAGUUACUAGUACAGAAACUUCAUCUCAAGAAGUGCCAAAUGCUGAAUGUCCUCUUUGGCAGUAUGUGACUAAAGUAGAAAAACCACCGGGUGCUACCGUUAAAAAAGGGGGAAACACAUACUUUAAGUGCAAUUAUUGUGGUGUGGUUUAUUUGGGAUCCUAUUCUAGGGUUAAAGCUCAUUUAUUAAAAAUUGCUAAUAAAGGUAUUAAAGCAUGUCCUAAUGUGACACCGAGCCAUAGGUUGGAAAUGCAGCGAAUGCAUGAUCAAGUUGAGAAGGAUAAGUUAGAGAAUGAACAGAGAAGUCGAAUUCCCUUACCCCCACCUAUCCCAAGCCGUGGGCCUAUACCUAUUUCCCCAUUUCGGAGACAGGAAGGGAGUGAUAGUACAAAUUCGGUUGAUGGUAAGAGGAGGAAGGUGGCUGGGAUUUCUCCUAUUGAGAAAGCAUUCCAGAAUACUACUAGAUAUGAAUUGGAUAGUAGAAUUGCUAGGAUGUUUUACACUGAUGGGCUUCCAUUUAACUUUGCAAGGAACCCACAUUAUCGUAAUUCCUAUGCAUAUGCUGCUACCCAUAACAUCCCAGGUUAUGUUCCUCCUAGAUACAAUGCCUUGAGAACAACACUUUUGCAAAAAGAAAGAGCUCAUGUUGAAAGACUCUUGAAACCAAUUAAGGAUUAUUGGCUUGAAAAUGGUGUAAGCAUAGUUUCUGAUGGAUGGUCAGAUCCACAAAGAAGGCCUCUUAUUAAUAUUAUGGCUGUAUCAGAUGGGGGUCCGGUGUUUGUAAAGGCAAUUGAUGGGUCGGGUGAGUUCAAAAACAAGCAUUAUAUUGCUGGGGUGUUGAAGGAUGCUAUAAAAGAGAUUGGACAUGAAAAAGUUGUCCAAGUCAUCACUGAUAAUGCUAAUGUGAUGAAAUCUGCUGGAGCUCUUAUUGAAGUUGCUGAUACAAGAUUUGCUUCAAUUGUUAUAAUGCUGAAAAGGUUGAAGUUGAUAAAAAGAUGCCUUCAAGCUAUGGCUAUUAGUGAGCAAUGGGCUUCUUAUAGGGAGGAUGAUGUUGGAAAAGCUGUAAAGGUGAAAGAUAUGAUUCUAAGUGAUCUUUGGUGGGAUAAAGUUGACUAUAUCUUUGAAUUCACAGCACCUAUUUAUGAUAUGCUACGAGUAGCCGACACAGAUAAGCCUUGUCUUCAUCUUGUGUAUGAGAUGUGGGAUUCAAUGAUAGAGAAGGUGAAGACAGCAAUAUAUCGGCACGAAGGCUUGGAAGAUGAUGAGUAUAGUUCAUUUUGGAGUGUGGUGUACGAUAUACUCAUUGAUCGAUGGACUAAAAAUUGUACACCACUACAUUGCUUGGCUCAUUCCUUAAAUCCUAAGUAA